AUGGGUCUCCAAACAGAAAAGGAUAAAGAAAAGGAACAUCAAAAAAAUAAUUUUAAAAUAUGUAGCAAAAAAUUUGAAACAGAUGAAUUAGAAGUCCUAAAAAAGAUAUAUAAAGAACUAGGUAGUAGAUCUGGCUCAAGUUAUAUUGACAAAGAAACGUUUCUUCAAUUUUUUCCUUUACCAGGGUUGUGGGGAGAAAGAUUAUUUUUAAAAUUUAAUUUCAAAAAUACUGGUUUUAUAGAUUUUGAAGAGUUUAUAAUAGGUAUAGCAAUAUGUUGUCGAGGGACAAAAAGUGAUAAGAUAAAUGUAUUGUUUGAUAUUUUUGAUUUGAAUGCAGAUGGGUUUAUCCAAAAGUCUGAGAUGGUAGCUAUGCUAUCUAACAUUCCUUAUAUUCAUAAAUUAAAAAAUAUAUUUUUUAAUAAAGAUAAUAGGAAAAAUAUAUAUCGAGAUGAUUAUACGAAGGAUGAUGAUAAUGCAGAUGAUGAAAAUGAAGAUCAUGAGAAUGGAGAUGCUAUUAUAGAUUCUAAUGUAGGUACUAAUUCAGAUGGUAAUAUAGAUAUCGAUUCAGAUGCAGAUGUCGAAUACAAUGAUAGUGAUAGUGAUGAUUUUACUAUAGAUGAUGAUGAAGAUGUGGAUAGUUUGGAUGACAUAAGUGAUUCUUUUAGUAGUGCUUAUGAGGAUGAAGACGAAUAUUCAAAUAAUAAUAAUAAUAAUAAUAAUAAUAAUAUAGAAAAUAUGAACAUAAGUUCAGAUAAUAAAAAUGUGGAAGAGAAUAAUAUAGGAAAUUGUAGUAAAUGUAUAAAACAACAAAAAAAUAAAGCAUUAAAUGCAAAUAUAAAUAGCAAGAGGAAUGCAAAUGGUAAUAAUACUUCAUUAAAUGUAAAGGAGCUAGCCAAAAAAAUACGAAAAGAAGAAAAAAGAAAAUUUGUAAAAAAAUUGAGAGAAUUAAACGCAGUACAUUUGUAUAAAGAUAAUCAAUUAAGUAAUAAAAAAGAAAAAGAUAAAGAAAGAAAAAAAAAAAAUAAAGAUCCAAAUGUUUCUAAAAAUUCUCCUUUUUUUAAAAGUGAAAGUGAAGAUUAUAAUUCUUCAUCGAGUAACAAUACAGAUGCUUUUGUUCAUGAUCAUAUAAAAUACAUAAAUAAAUAUAAAAAAAAAAGUUUAAAAAAUGAAGUUAAAAAAAAUGGACACAAAUAUAAAGAUACAACAAAUCCAUAUAUAUCCUCGACUACAGAUAGUUCAACAAGUAAUGAAAGUAAUUAUAACAUAAAUAAUGAUGAAUUUGAAAGUUGUAGUUCAAAUAAAGAUCACAGAGAAGUUUGUUCUAGCGACACGUCAGAUUCAUUUAUUAGUAUUUAUGGAUAUUUGAUAAAAAAUCGAAGGAGCAAAAAUAUAAAAGAAAAGAACCAUCAUAGUAAGGAGAAAGAUAAAAAAGAUCAAGAUGUAAAGGGAAAAAAUAAAGCAGAUGAUAAUAUUAAGAGGAAGGAAAAAGGAGAUGAUGAAAUUAAAAGGAAGGAUAAACCAUUAGAUGAUAUUAAAGAAAAAGAACAAAUAAAGUACGAGGCAAAAAAUAAAGACCACAAAAUGAAAGAAGAAAUAUCAGAAGGAAAAGAAAAUUUAAAAUACAAAGAUGUUGAAAAAAAAAAAGAUGGUGAAAAAAAUAAAGAUGGUGAAAAAAAUAAAGAUGGUGAAAAAAAUAAAGAUGGUGAAAAAAAUAAAGAUGGUGAAAAAAAAAAAGAUGGUGAAAAAAAAAAAGAUGGUGAAAAAGAAGAAGGGAAAAAUGAGGAAAAAGAGAAUGAAGAAGAAAACAAAAUAAAAAAAGAAAAAUGUUUUACAAGAAAUGAUAUAAAUAUAUACAAAAAAGAAAAGAAAAAAGAAAAAAAAAAGAAUAAAUUAUAUGUAAACGAAUUUUGUCUACCAUCCAAAACUGCUAGAAGCAUAUUAAAUGAUGAAGAAAAUAAUAAACCAUCAGAUAAAAAUGUUGAUGUUGAAGCGAUCGUAGAUAUUAUGUUAGAAGAAUGUGAAUUUUUAGAUAAUGAUAAAAUAACACUUAUACAGUUUAAAAGUGUUAUACAUAAAUAUGAUUUCUUUUUAUAUAUAUUUUUUAAUUGCCUACAUGAAGAUAUUUGGGGCUUACAAGGAAAUGUCUUAUAUGGUAGAGAUUAUAUAAGUAACUUUGUUAUAAAAUCGGAAAAUUUUAAAAAUAAAGAAAUUGAGCAAGAUGAGGAUGAUGCUAUUACUGAAGAAUUAUAUUUUAAAAUAAGACAACUUUUUAUAGUUCAAGCUCCUGAUUAUGAUUGUGUGAAUGAUGAUUUGUGUGUAAACUUUUUAAAUACAAAGAACAUAGAACAGGACAUAAAGGAAGAUGAUGAGGAAGAAAAAGAAAAAGAGGAGAAAAAAAAUGGUGCAGAUAAAAAGGACACCAUAGAAAAGGAAGAGGAAGAAUAUAUAACAAAUAAUUUUAGUAAGGAUAAAAAUGACACAUCUAUAAAUAAGAAAAAAACAAAAAAUGAAAAUAAUGCAAAAUUAGUUAGCUUUGUUAGUGAUAUAAAAACAGGAGAAGAAAAUAUUGUUGACAAAGAUAAAAUUAAAGAAUAUGAAAAGGAGUAUUCUAUUCAUAAAGAUAAGGAUGAUAAGAAGAAUGCUAAUAGUUCUUUUGAAAGUGAGCAUGAAGAUUUAAAGCGCCAAUUUAUAAAUAUGAAAGAGAAAAAAAAGAAAAGCUUAAAAGAAAAAGAUGAAUUGAAUAAUAUGAAAGAGGAUAAUAAAAUAUAUAAAAAAUUGGAAGAGUACGAUAAGAAGAGCAUUAAUAAUAUAGAGAAUCAAAAUGAAAAUCAAAAUGAAAAUCAAAAUGAAAAUCAGAAUGAAAAUCAGAAUGAAAAUCAAAAUGAAAAUCAGAAUGAAAAUCAGAAUGAAAAUCAAAAUGAAAAUCAGAAUGAAAAUCAGAAUGAAAAUCAAAAUGAAAACCAAAAUGAAAAUCAAAAUGAAAACCAAAAUGAAAACCAAAAUGAAAAUCAAAAUGAAAAUCAAAAGAAUAAUAAUAAUAUAUUGAAAGAAAAAAAUUCGUAUGAAGACGAUAAAGGAAAAAUUAAGGUAAUAAAUAAUGAAAUAAAGAAAAGUGUACAUCAUUUAUCUGACAAUGUAUCGGAUUUGUCAUAUGAUGAAAAAUGGUUAAAAUUAUCAUCAAAUGGUACAAAUAAAAAAAAAGAAUUAAAUAAUGAUAAUAGUAAUAAUUUUGAUGAAUCUCAAAGAAUUCAAGAAUACCAAAACGAUAAUAAAAAUAAUGUUAUUGAAGAGAAUAAUAUUUUAAUUAACCAGAAAAAAAAUUCACACAAUAUGAAAGAGGAUUCAAUAAAUAUCCAGGUUGAUAUGAAAAGUAAUAUUCAUAUGAACAUUAUUAUUAAUAAAGUGAAUGAUAUGAAUGAUGUGAAUGAUGUAAAUAAUGCGAAUGAUGUAAAUAAUGUGAAUGAUGUAAAUAAUGUGAAUGAUAUGAAUAACGUGGAAGGUAUUAAUAAUGAACAAAAGGAAAACGAUUUUGUUAAAAUGAAUAAACAAAAUACGAAUAGAAAUGAACUCAUGAGCAAAAAGGACAUUGUAGGUAAAAAUAAUACUACUAUUAUUAAUAAUAAUAUGACGAAUUUAAACGAUGAUUUAUUAAAUGUGGAAAAUACAGAAAAUAAGAAUAGAUAUGAAUGUGAUUUCAAUUUGUUAACAAAUCAACUUAAUGAUAUAUUUUCAAAAGAAAUUGUAGAAUUUAUCCAAGCAUCUAAAAUUAGUUUUAAUAUUAAUGAUGUUUGUAAAGAAAGAAAUUUACACAAGAAAAAAGAAAGACUUCAGAAAGGUCGUCGAAACUAUUUGAAAAAUAAUAAAAACAAUUUAAAUAUAUCUUUAAAUUAUCAGAAGCAAAAGAAGUAUCCAUUUAAUAAAUUAUUCUUGGAAGAAUUGGAAAAGGAUGAAAAAAAUGAAGAAAUUAAUAAAGCAGAAGAACAUGUAACAGAUGAAUCAUCUUUUGAAUAUAAUCAAAAUGGUGUUUUUCGUAACAAAGUAGUACCCACUAAAACAAAUAAAAAUGUCUCAACAAUAAAUAAUCAAAACAAUGAAGAAGAUAUGAAACAAAAAGAAAAAGAUGUGAACGAACAAACCGUAGAAAAGAAAGAAGAUAAUAAUAUUCUUAUUAAUAAAUUAUGUAAAAAAAAAAGUUUUUCAGGAUUGAAAUUACAGAAUAUAGAGAAAAUGGAUAUAUUAGAAAAGUUUGGGUUGUCCUAUAAAAAAAGUGAAAAAACAAGUCUGGGUUGUUCCAUAUUUCACAAUAAAGUAGAUGAAAAGAGAGGAUCUUUUAGUAAGAGUCAGGAUGGAAUUGAAGCUGAUGUAAUAAAGCAAGGGGAAUUAAAUAAUGAAAAGGUAAAGAAGAAUGAAACAAAUGAUGAUAAAGCAAAGAAGAACGAAACAUAUGAUGAUAAAGCAAAGAAGAACGAAACAUAUGAUGAUAAAGCAAAGAAGAACGAAACAUAUGAUGAUAAAGCAAAGAAGAACGAAACAUAUGAUGAUAAAGCAAAGAAGAACGAAACAUAUGAUGAUAAAGCAAAGAAGAACGAAACAUAUGAUGAAAAGGUAAAAAAGAACGAAACAUAUGAUGAAAAGGUAAAAAAGAACGAAACAUAUGAUGAAAAGGUAAAAAAGAACGAAACAUAUGAUGAAAAGGUAAAAAAGAAUGAACAAAAAUGUGAGGAUUUAAAAGAACCCAUUUCGAACGUAGAUAAAAUAAGUUAUCAAAAAAGUACAAGUGAUAAAGAUUUAAGUAAAAAGAAAAAUAGUAAUGUCGGUGCUUUGAAUAAAAUGGAUACUUUUAAAAAAGAUGAAAGUUCAAGUAAUGAUAUGGCAAGUUCUUAUUUUUCUAGUAAUAAGAAAAAGAAAUAUGAUUUAACAAAAAAACAUGGAAAAGAUAUAAAUUUAUAUUCAUGUCCAAAUUGUAAGGGUCCCUUUUUAAUGUGUCCAAAUUGUCAUUGUAGAUAUCCUAGAUUUUGUGUUAAUGAUAAUAAGAUAGCAAUGGAAUGUGAAUAUUGUGAUUGUGAGCAUUGUUAUUUUUAUAAUUGUAUAUAUUGUAAUUUUGAUUUCCAGAAAUGCUUAGAUAUGAUAAAAAAGAAUUCUCUUAAGGAAGGUAUAUUAUAUAAAAUAGGAAAGCAUUUACAUCAGUUUAAAGCUAGAUAUUACAUAUUGUUUGAUAAUUUAUUAUAUUAUUAUGAUAAAAAAAGGAAUUUAAAACCUAGAGGUUUUAUGUUUUUAGAAGGUUGUUAUGUUGAAUUAAUUGCAAAGAAUGAUAAUAUUAAUAAAUAUGGUUUUUCUAUAUGUCACAAAGGUACGAAACAAGUACAGAAACGUAAUUUAUAUGUAAACACAUUAGAAGAAAGGGAUGAAUGGGUACAAGCGUUAUAUUCAUCAACCAAACAGAAUACAUUAUAUAAUUUAUAUGAAUUACAUGAACAGUUAGGGCAAGGUAAGUUUUCAACUGUUUAUAGAGGUAUAAAUAAACAAACAAAUUCUGAAUUUGCCAUUAAAGUUAUUGAUAAAAGAUCUGUAUCAAUAUAUGAAAAAGAAUUAUUAAGAAGUGAAAUAUCAAUAUUAAGAUUAUUAAGGCAUCCAAAUGUUAUAUACUUAAAAGAAAUAAUUAAUACAAAAGAAACUUUAUAUAUAUCCAUGGAAUUAGUAAAAGGGGGAGAAUUAUAUGAUUUUUUAUUAGCUGAAACACGAUUAAGUGAAAUUCAUGCAAAUAAAAUUAUAACACAAUUAAUAAAAACAGUAGCAUAUUUACAUAGAUGUGGUAUUAUACAUAGAGAUAUUAAACCAGAAAAUAUAUUACUAACAGAUAAAUCAAGAGAUGCUCAAAUAAAAUUAACUGAUUUUGGAUUGUCAACAUUAUGUGCUCCAAAUGAAUUAUUGAAAGAACCAUGUGGAACCUUAGCCUAUGUAGCACCAGAAGUUAUUACAUUACAAGGUUAUAAUCAUAAAGUAGAUGCAUGGUCUAUAGGAAUUAUAUUAUAUUUAUUAUUAAGUGGUAAAUUACCUUUCCCAAUUAAUAAAAAUACAGAAAUGAAUAUACAAAAAAAUUAUGUAUUAAGUUUUAAAGAUUAUAUAUGGAAAAGUAUAUCUUCAUCAGCUAAAGAUCUUAUAUCAAAAUUAUUAGAAUUAAAUGUAGAAAAAAGAAUUUCAGCAAAUGAAGCUUUAGAACAUAUAUGGGUGAAGAACCCAACGGCUGUAAUAAAUGAAAAUUCAUUUAUAUAUAAAAAUGAAGAAAUUAAUAUUUUAAAUUUACAAGAUGUUAGUGUUAGUACAUUUAAUAUACCAAGAUAUACACCUUUACAUAUUGAAGAAGAAAAAAAUACAGAAGAGAUAGAAAAUAAAGAACUAAUAUUCAAUAUUCAUGAAAAUAAUAUUUUAUGUGAAAAUAAUGAUUCUAUUGAUGAACCCGUUAUACCAUUACCAUAUAGUAGUGCCCCACUAAAAGAACAUAUUAAUGAGAAAAAAAAUAUACAAAAUAUAUCAUCUCCAAUGGAGGAUAUAUCAAUGAAUAAGCAAGAAAAUGCUGUAUAUGAAUCCAUAAAUAAAGAAACAUCAAAUCCUAUGAAAAAUUGUUCACAAAAUGUAAGGGAUCAAAAUGAUACGACACCUCAUCAUAAUAAUGAAAAUCAAAAUGAGCAAGGAAAUCUAAACACUUGUAUUCAUAAAAUUAACGAGUGUAAAAAGAGUUCAACAGAUGGACACACUGUCCAAAUAAAUGAUAAUACAAAUAAAGAACAUGAUAAAUAA